GUCCAACCAUUCCCCAACUACUUCCCACGCACCUAUCCCAUCUUCCUUCCUCAGCUAUCGUCCAUUCAAUCCCAAACCCUUCUCUCUCUCUCUCUCUCUGCAACAUUUUUCCAAGUACACUGAAAAUGACACAGUUCAGCAACCUCAGCCCGGACGUAACCGAACUCAUCCUCUCCUACCUUCCCAUCCCAACUCUCCUCAGAGCCUCCACUGUUUGUAAGCUCUGGUACGACAUCGUUUCAUCCCCUAAAUUCUCCUCAUCCGCGAACCAUAUCCCAUGGUUCUUCCUCUACGGCCUCCACAACACUUCCUCCAGGAACAACCAGUCCUUCGCUUUCGACCCUUUAUCCAACCAAUGGUUCCAACUCCCCACCGCCGCUUUCCCUGAUCCCCACCUACCCAACUCGUCUUGCUUCCUCGGCGUCGAUGGCUUCUUCCUCACCACUGCACCCAACUUCAUCUACUCCCGGAUCCUCAAACGCACAUGGCGCGUCACCUCCCCGCUUCGAUUCUCCCGGAUCAACCCUCUCGUCGGCGUUUUCGAUCACGGGUCUCAGCGCGUUCCUCGGUUCGUCGUCGUUGGUGGCGUCAGAUUCAUCGGCAACUUAGUCGACAUCGAGGACCGCUUGGCCGUCGAGAUGUACGAUCCUGAUUCGGACUCUUGGGAGAUUUUCCCACCUCUGCCGUCCGAUUUCAGGUCCGGUAACUCCUCGCAGUCCCUCUCCUCGGCCUUGUUUCGGGGCAAAUUUUACGUCUUCGGUAUAUACUCUUGCUUUGUUUCGUCUUUCGAUCUGACCCAACACGAGUGGAGCGAUGUCCAGACCCUUAGGCCACCUGGUGUCGUUUUCUCGUUUCUGAUCGCCUGCCAGGACCGGCUCGUCUUGGCCGGAAUAUGCAGCGCGCAGGUUGGACUGUCGUUUAACUUGUGGAAAAUCGACGACAAGACUAUGGAAUUCAGCGCCAUUGGGAGUAUGCCUCGGGACUUGCUCUACAGCUUGUUUGAUAGUGAUGAAGAUGAUAAGUUUGCGAGCUUGAAAUGCGUGGGACUUGGUAAUCUGAUCUACGUUUUCAACGAGGAUUACCAUAAGAACUACCCUGCUUGCGUUUGUGAGAUCAUUGGAGAUGAGUCUGGCGAGUGUAGCUGGAGAAGAGUCCCUCCAUUGCCUUCACCUGUUAACAAAUUUCACAAAGUCAUUAGCUUCUGCUCAACAGUUUCUGUUCACAACAUUCUUCGAGGAGAAGAAGAUGUUGAUCCGAUUCAGGCCAUGGCAGACUGAUCAAUUCUUCUUCUACUUGAUCCCAAGCUUAUCAAAAAGGUCAAUUUCACUAUACAUGUCGAGUACUUUUUAGUUUACUAUGGAAUUUCACCUUUUAACAACUAUGCCAAGACAAAAUAAGUGUAUUCGUUUUCUUUGUUUGGUUGUUGAGUUUAAUGGAAAUGAAUUGAUUAUCAUUACAUUCAUUUAUUUCAUUA